AUGCCGGAGCAGAUGAGCGUGGCCGAGUUCCUGGCCGUGACCGGCGAGGAUCUGAGCUCCCCGGCCGCCGCCGCCGCCUUCGCCUCCAAGAUGCCCAAGUGCCGGGGGGCCGUGGGGGCGCUGGAGGAGAGCCUGGACGGGGACCAAGCCGUACUCCAGAGGAUAAGGAAAUACGUGAAAGCCAUUCAUGUCUCCGGGCUCACCCAUGCGGAGAACGAGGAGCAGUACAGCGAGGCCCUGGAGAGCUUCGGCAACAACCACCUCUCGCAGAGCAACCACGAGCUUUCCACCGGCUUCCUCAACCUGGCCGUCUUCACCCGCGAGGUCACCGCGCUCUUCAAGAACCUGGUGCAGAACCUCAACAACAUCGUCUCCUUCCCCCUGGACAGCCUGCUGAAGGCCCCGCUCAGGGACGGGCGCCUGGACGCCAAGAAGCACAUCGAGAAGGCCUGGAAGGAUUACGAGACCAAAGUAGGGAAGCUGGAGAAGGAGAAGGAGCGCGCGCGGCCRGCCGGGUCCCCCCAGGCGGAGCCGGCGCCGCUGGAGGCGGCUGAGGAUGUGCAGAAGGAGCGGAGGCUCUUCCAGCUCCACAUGUGCGAGUACCUGCUGAAAGCCAGCGAGAGCCAGAUGAAGCAAGGCCCCGCUUUCCUGCAGAGCCUCAUCGAGUUUUUCCACGCGCAGCACAAUUUCUUCCAAGAUGGCUGGAAGGCUGCCCAGAACCUCUACCCCUUCAUCGAGAAGCUCGCCGUGUCCCUCCACGCACUGCACCAGGCUCAGGAGGAGGAGGUGAAGCAGCUCACGCGGACACGCGAUUCCCUGCGGAGCAUCCUGCAGCUCGAGAGCAGAGAGGAAAACCUGAGCAGGAAGAACUCUGGCAACGGCUACAGCAUCCACCAGCACCAAGGGAACAAGCAGUACGGGACGGAGAAGUCGGGGUUCCUGUACAAGAAGAGCGAUGGGAUUCGGAAAGUGUGGCAGAAGAGGAAGUGUGGCGUCAAGUACGGGUGUCUCACCAUCUCCCACAGCACGAUCAACCGGCCCCCAGUCAAACUGAACCUCCUGACCUGCCAGGUGCGGCCUCACGCUGAGGAGAAGAAGUGCUUUGACCUGGUGACACACAACAGGACCUAUCACUUCCAAGCGGAGGAUGAGCAGGAGUGUGUUGUCUGGGUGUCGGUGCUGCAGAACAGCAAGGACGAGGCGCUGAGCAACGCCUUCAAGGGCGAGCCUGAUGGCAGCGCAGCGGCAGCGGGCGCUGCGGCCGGUGGAGCCGUGCAGGAGCUCACCAGGCUGGUCCUUGGCGAGGUGAAGAACAUGCCGGGGAACAAGCAGUGCUGUGACUGCGGCGCCCCAGAUCCCACCUGGCUUUCCACCAACCUGGGCAUCCUGACAUGCAUUGAGUGCUCGGGCAUCCACCGCGAGCUCGGCGUGCACUACUCCCGCAUCCAGUCGCUCACGCUGGACGUGCUCAGCACCUCCGAGCUGCUGCUGGCCACCAGCAUCGGGAACAGCCGCUUCAACGAGAUCAUGGAGGCCACGCUGCCCACACAGGACAGCCCCAAGCCCACAGCCAGCAGCGACAUGAACGCCCGCAAGGAGUUCAUCACGGCCAAGUACGUGGAGCGGCGCUACGUGCACAAGGGCGGCCGGCACAGCCCGCAGCGCCUCUGCGAGGCCAUUCGUGCCCGGGACCUGCUGGCYCUGCUCCGAGCCUUCGCCGAGGGCCACGACCUCAGCAAGCCCCUGGCGAGCCCCGAGGGCCAGGAGCAGGGCGAGCUGCCGCUGCACAUGGCCGUGCGCUGCGCGGACCGGACCUCGCUGCCGCUCGUGGACUUCAUCAUCCAGAACGCGGGGACGCUGGACCGGGUGACGCAGGAGGGGAACACAGCUCUGCACUAUGGUGCCUUCUACAACCAGCCCAACUGCCUCAAGCUGCUGCUCAAAGGCAAAGCCGCCUUUGCUAUGGUGAAUGCAGCGGGUGAGACAGCUCUGGAUGUGGCCAGGAGGCUCAAGCACACCGAGUGCGAGGAGCUGCUGGAGCAGGCGCAGGCGGGGAAGCUCUCGCUGCAGGUGCACGUGGACUACGACUGGGAGCCGCCCGCCGACUUCCCCUAUGACAGCGAGGACGAGCUCGAGGAGAAGGUGAGCCCCUUGCAGCGCUCCUCGCAAGGGCCCUCGCUGCCGGCUGGCGGCGCUGCCGGGAGCCGCUGGAGCGGCGUGGGCAUGGACGUCACCAACAGGACCUACGAGAGCGUCGUGGUGGCCGUGCGGCCGGUGCCGCGGCGCGCGCACAGCGAGGAGGCGCCGCCGCCGCUGCCCCUCAAGAACCCGGCGCGCGCCGCGCCCCGCGCCAGGGCCACCGCCGAGCGCCCUGAGCUCCCCCGGCAAGCCUCGGAGCCGCACUGCCCCAGCCUGCCUCAGGUGCCGGUGUCCUGGAGCGGCCCCUGCGCCAGCGCCCCAGGCACCCUGGAUGUCCCGGCCGGGCACCUGGUCCCCGUGSCCCACAGCCCCCCAGAGAGCCGGCGUGCAGCGUACUGGGAGACCCGCUCGGAGCCGGAGAGUGGCGGCACGUGGAGGGCGCCCGAGCCGGGACAGCUGCCGGGGCCACCRCCAGCCCCUGAUGUCCUGCAGCUGCCCCCUGUGAAGUUCAGCUCCGAGUGCACCCGCUCCUACCGCCGCAUCAGCAGCGCUGGGGGCAAGGGUGCCUCGGCCGCCUCCCUUCCGAGCCCCGAAGAGCCCGUGCCAGGCAAGGCCCCCCCUGUGCCCAUGCCCAGGCGCUUUGCUCCGGCCAAGGGGCGGCAGAAGCGGGUCAGGGCGCUGGCCGACUGCAAGGGUGACAAGGCCCGCRCGCUGACCUUCUCCAAGGGCGAGGUGAUCGUGGUGACGCGCGAGGAGGACGAGCAGAGCUGGGUUGGCUUCAUUGAGGGCGAUGGCUCCCGUACGGGUGUCUUUCCAGCCAGCUUCGUCCACCUUUUGCAGGAGUGACUGGGCUGCCCCUUGUCCCCCUGCGCCCGUGCCCGUGGGAGCUGGGACCUGGCUGGCCUUGCCCCUGGAGACCUGCAGAACCAGGGCACGAGGGCCAAGUGCCUCCGUCCAUCCCUGUCCCGCUCUCCACAUGCUGGAGGCUGGAACCUGGGGUCGCCCGGUGCCCCUGCCUGCUGCCCCGGAUGGGGGCCUGGAUCUGCCCCAGCCUGGGGACAGUGUCCCACAGGUGGUGACUCCGAAGGGGCUGCAGAGCUAGCACAGAGAACRGACGCACUUGCUGCAUGUGU